AUGCGGACUGACAGCGUGCCGGUUAUAUGUAAAGUAUAGCCUGCUGGAAUGAAGACAGAAUAAAUAUUUCAUUAGUCCUGUUGUUGUUUGUUUAGGAGAAGGUGCCAAGAUGGUGAAGGAGCAGUUCAGAGAGACAGAUGUGGCCAAAAAAAUAAGCCACAUCUGCUUUGGGAUGAAAUCUGCUGAGCAGAUGCGUCAACAAGCCCACAUCCAGGUGGUCAGUAAGAAUCUGUACAGCCAAGACACCAAACACACUCCCCUGUCCUAUGGAGUGUUGGACCACCGGAUGGGCACCAGUGAAAAAGACCGACCCUGUUUGACAUGUGGGAAGAAUCUGGCAGACUGCUUGGGACAUUAUGGCUACUUGGAUCUGGAACUGCCGUGUUUUCAUGUUGGCUAUUUCAAAGCCAUCAUAGGAAUCUUGCAGAUGAUCUGCAAGACAUGCUCGAGCAUAAUGCUGACGAAAGAGGAGAAACUGCAGUUCAUGGAUCACUUGAAAAGGCCCAACCUGGCCUAUCUCCAGAAACGAGGGUUGAAGAAGAAAAUCUCAGAUAAAUGCCGCAAAAGGACAAUCUGUCUGAGCUGUGCCGCUUUCAACGGACCAGUGAAAAAGUGCGGCCUGCUUAAGAUCAUCCAUGAGAAGUAUAAAACAACCAAGAAGGUGGUGGAUCCUUUCGUGUCAGAAUUCCUGCAGUCCUUUGAUAUCGCCAUCGAGCACAACAAAAUGAUGGAACCUCUGCUGACCAGAGCACAGGAAAACCUGAACCCUCUGGUGGUGCUAAACAUGUUCAAGAGGAUUCCAGAAGAAGAUGUUCCCCUGCUGCUGAUGAACCCUGAGGCAGGGAAGCCUGCGGACCUCAUCCUCACCCGCCUCCUGGUGCCUCCUCUCUGCAUACGACCUUCAGUGGUCAGUGACCUGAAGUCGGGCACCAAUGAGGACGACCUCACCAUGAAGCUCACCGAGAUCAUUUUCCUCAAUGAUGUUAUCAAAAAGCAUCGGAUGACAGGGGCAAAGACCCAGAUGAUCAUGGAGGAUUGGGACUUCCUCCAGCUGCAGUGUGCUCUUUACAUCAAUAGCGAGCUUUCUGGCAUCCCCCUCAACAUGGCACCUAAGAAAUGGACCAGAGGCUUUGUGCAGAGACUCAAGGGGAAGCAAGGUCGAUUCAGAGGAAACCUCUCAGGAAAAAGAGUGGACUUCUCUGGCAGAACUGUCAUUUCUCCCGACCCAAACCUGAGGAUCGACGAGGUGGCCGUCCCCGUGCAUGUGGCCAAAAUCCUGACAUAUCCAGAGAGGGUGAACAAAGCCAAUCUGGAACUAAUGAGGAAGCUUGUCCGCAAUGGUCCUGAAGUUCAUCCCGGAGCCAACUUUAUUCAGAAUCGCCACACACAGAUGAAAAGGUUUUUAAAAUAUGGAAACCGUGAGAAGAUAGCUCAGGAGCUGCGGUUUGGUGACGUGGUGGAAAGACACCUGAUAGACGGCGACAUCGUCCUCUUCAAUCGACAACCGUCUCUGCACAAACUCAGCAUCAUGGCCCACAUCGCCAGAGUCAAACCUCACAGGACGUUUCGGUUCAACGAGUGCGUGUGCACCCCGUACAAUGCCGACUUUGACGGCGACGAAAUGAACCUUCAUCUUCCUCAGACUGAAGAAGCCAAAGCCGAGGCCCUCGUCCUAAUGGGGACAAAAGCUAAUCUUGUCACUCCAAGAAAUGGCGAACCUCUGAUUGCUGCUAUUCAGGACUUUCUUACAGGGGCCUACCUCUUGACGCUGAAGGACACCUUCUUUGACAGAUCAAAAGCCUGCCAGAUAGUGGCAUCAAUCCUUGUGGGCAAAGAUGAAAAAGUCAGGGUCUCUCUCCCCCGCCCAGCUAUUAUGAAGCCCAUGGCGCUGUGGACGGGCAAACAGAUCUUCAGUGUCAUUCUGAAGCCGAGUAAGGAAUGUCCAGUCAAGGCGAACCUGAGGACCAAGGGCAAACAGUACUGUGGCAAGGGAGAGGAUCUCUGUCACAACGACUCGUUCGUGGUGAUCCACAACAGUGAGCUGAUGUGUGGUAGCAUGGAUAAAGGUACCUUGGGAUCUGGCUCCAAGAACAACAUCUUCUACAUCCUGCUGAGAGACUGGGGACAGGUGGAGGCUGCUAAUGCCAUGUCUCGCCUGGCAAGACUUGCCCCGGUGUAUCUUUCCAACCGUGGCUUUUCCAUUGGCAUUGGUGACGUGACGCCUGGCCAGGGUCUGCUGAAGGCCAAACAUGACCUGCUGGACGACGGUUACAAGAAGUGUGACGAAUACAUUGAAGCUCUGCAGACGGGAAAGUUGCAGCAGCAGCCCGGCUGCACGGCAGAGGAGACUCUGGAGGCUCUCAUCUUAAGAGAGCUGUCCGUCAUCAGAGACCGAGCUGGCAGCGCCUGCCUCAGGGAGCUUGACAAGAGCAACAGCCCUCUGAUCAUGGCUCUUUGUGGCUCCAAAGGAUCCUUCAUUAAUAUCUCUCAGAUGAUUGCCUGUGUGGGCCAGCAGGCUAUAAGUGGCUCUCGAGUGCCUGAUGGUUUUGAGAACCGCUCCCUGCCUCACUUUGAAAAGCACUCAAAACUGCCUGCUGCUAAAGGCUUUGUGGCCGACAGCUUCUAUUCUGGCCUGACUCCCACAGAGUUCUUCUUCCACACCAUGGCUGGUCGGGAGGGUCUGGUGGACACUGCUGUGAAGACUGCAGAGACUGGGUACAUGCAGAGACGUCUGGUUAAGUCCCUGGAGGAUUUAUGCUCACAGUACGACCUGACAGUACGCAGCUCCACUGGCGACAUCAUCCAGUUUAUUUAUGGCGGUGAUGGUCUGGACCCGGCUGCCAUGGAAGGAAAGGAUGAGCCGCUGGAGUUCAAGAGAGUCCUAGACAACAUCCGGGCGGUCUACACAUGUCCAGACGAGCCUGCACUCAGCCAAAACAAGCUGGUCCUCACUGCAGACGCCAUCAUGAAGAGAGCUGACUUCCUCUGCUGCAGAGACAGCUUCUUGGAGGAGAUAAAGAAAUUUAUAAAGAGCAUCUCAGAAAGGAUCAAGAAGACCCGAGACAAGUACGGCAUCAACGACAACGGCACCAGCGAGCCAAAAGUUCUCUAUCAGCUAGACCGCAUAACUCCGACACAGCUGGAGAAGUUCCUUGAAACCUGCCGAGACAAGUACAUGAGAGCUCAGAUGGAGCCAGGCUCAGCAGUAGGGGCUCUUUGUGCCCAGAGCAUCGGAGAGCCUGGCACUCAGAUGACGCUGAAAACCUUCCACUUUGCUGGCGUCGCGUCCAUGAACAUCACUCUGGGGGUUCCUCGCAUCAAAGAGAUCAUCAAUGCUUCCAAGAACAUCAGCACCCCUAUAAUCACCGCUCAUUUGGAUGUGGAAGACGACGCUGACUUUGCCAGGCUGGUGAAGGGGAGGAUUGAGAAAACGCUUCUUGGAGAGAUUUCUGAGUACAUAGAGGAGGUUUUUCUGCCAGAUGACUGUUUCAUCCUGGUGAAAUUAUCGUUGGAGAGAAUAAGGCUACUGCGACUGGAGGUAAAUGCAGAAACGGUGCGUUACUCCAUCUGCAUGUCUAAGCUACGAGUGAAGCCAGGAGACAUCGCUGUGCACGGCGAGGCAGUGGUGUGUGUGUCGCCACGGGAGAACAGCAAAAGCUCCAUGUACUACGUGCUGCAGUCACUGAAAGAGGAACUUCCCAAGGUGGUGGUUCAAGGUAUACCUGAGGUGGCCCGAGCUGUCAUUCACAUUGACGAACAGAGCGGCAAAAGCAAGUACAAACUCCUGGUGGAGGGGGACAACCUGAGAGCUGUCAUGGCAACGCACGGCGUGAAUGGAAGCAGGACCACUUCAAACAAUACGUAUGAGGUUGAGAAGACGCUGGGUAUCGAGGCAGCUAGAUCCACCAUCAUCAAUGAGAUUCAGUACACCAUGGUGAACCAUGGAAUGAGCAUUGACCGACGUCACGUCAUGCUUCUUGCAGACCUAAUGUCCUAUAAGGGGGAGAUUCUGGGAAUCACCAGGUUCGGUUUAGCCAAAAUGAAAGAGAGUGUCCUCAUGCUGGCUUCCUUUGAGAAAACGGCCGAUCAUCUCUUCGACGCCGCCUACUUCGGGCAAAAGGACUCUGUUUGUGGUGUGUCUGAGUGCAUCAUCAUGGGGAUUCCUAUGAAUAUUGGAACAGGACUGUUUAAACUUCUACACAAGGCAGACAAGGACCCCUCUCCUGUCAAUAGGCCUCUCCUCUUUGACAGUGCAGACUUCCACAUACCUCUAAUCACAUAGCAUUUCAGAGCCUGCUGUCGAAAGACAUGUCAAGGUUAUCUUCAGCAAAUACAGAAGUGCCUGCCCGAGUGUCAGAUAAUUUCCUUUUGAGGGAUCCAACAGAAAAUAGGAUUGCCACUUCUUUCUUUGCUGUGACGCUGCUGAUGCUGCAGACUGGGUGAACGUUCAAACUUCAGAUGCUUCACACAUGUUCUUUACUGUUUUUCGGGCUUUCUUACUUGUUUGUAAAACAGUGUGUUUCCUCGUUUAUUAAGAUGCUACAUUACCUUACGUUGCCUCAGUGUAAUGUAUAUCGUGCUCCACAUAAACACGUGCAGCAGACUUGACAAAUAUUUCCCCUUAAUCAUGAAGCACAGUCGAUGCCUUUUUGUUUGGCACUUAGUUUUGCAUUAUAGUAUGAAGUGUUUAUUAGCAUUGCAGCUUCAGUUUGCCCAAAAAGACUUUUCAUUCACACUUAGAAGCCCAGUUGAGGUUUGUCUUUUCUGAAAGCAGUUGUAUUCGUACAGGAUUCAGAUCAGCAGCGGUUCAUUACGGUUGAAACUUCCCAUCCAGUUUGAAGCCUUUUCUUAUAACAGUGUAAUAAUGUAUAUAAUGUAAUAAAAUAAAUGACCCAGAAAAUCACGGCAAAGUCAUUGUCUUCUGUAAAUGCAGUGAUUCGAAAAUUGAAGGCCAGAAUUGUUUACUGUUGAAUGAUCGAUUUCUAAAGGCAGUAACAUCAACUUGAGCCCUUUUUUAAAAGUGACAUUUUCAUCCAUGCUGGCAGAAAGGCUCUCCCAGGCUACAUCUGGUAGCUGAUGUGUCCACCACUGAAGUUGAUAAAGAUGAAAUUUUGUAAAGACAUUCAUAAUCCCCAGAUGAUCUCAUGACUUUUCUUCUAGUGCCACCAUGAGAUUGAUAUUUAUGAUUUUUGGUGAAAUGUCUCAGCAAUUAUUGGAUGGAUCGUAACUAUUUAUCUAAUCGACAUUUCAGUUUGUCCAUUACUUUGUUUUACCAGCAAAUACCUGAAAAACUACUGACAUCAGCCUCAGCUUUAAUUUUAGUGCUACAUGCUACUUAGCAAAUGUUUGCAUGCGAGCACUAAAUUCAAAUGGAAGUGUUUCACAGCCAAAAAAAGAAGCUCCUCCAUUUCCUGUGCAUUGCAUUGUGGGAGAAGUGUCCAGUGUGGGUACUCUCUGCUUUGAUUUUUCCCUUUUCUAUGUAGUAUGUUAUGUGAACAUACUAAAAAUCAGAAUCAACUUGUAGUGUGGAAUUUGGAUGCAUUUUUACAUCUUUUGUCAGUUUAUGAUUCCAAUUUGCACAUGCCCAUGGGUGGCAAACAUCUGUCCAACAUCUUUAGGUUUACAUUUUCGGGACACCUUAAUUCUUUAUGCAUUAUGCGUUAAUUGGACUAAUUUAAUCUUUGAGAUAUUCAGGGGAGAGCCUUGCAGUUUUUUUCUUAAGUCAGUGGGAGGGUUAAAAGAAAAAAUGACUAAGCUUUGGGGGCUUUGCUUUAAUUAAAAAGGGAACAUGAGGUUCAGUUCCCCAUCCAAUAAUUUUCAUAUAGUCGCAAAAUUAAAAGACCACGUUUGGAUUUAACCAAUGUGUGCUGAAAACAAAGAAGCAAGUUGUAAGAGACCAUUUUAUUCAAUUUAAAAAUUAAAUAGAGAUUAGAGCUCACUGGCAUUCUGAUCUGCAUUUUAAAAAUACAAAGAAACACAUUUUAAAUGACUUGAUGUUCAAGUUAACACCUUUAAAAUCAACAAUCUGCAAAGAACCGCGGAUAAAAGCCAAGCUGUCGGUACCAAACGUAUCAUUACAGAACGUGUGAUUAACUUUAAAUAUACACCGUGUUUACACGCCAACAUUACAAAAAUAUUCCACAGCACCUUCAAGCAAACACAUUAACACUGAAACUCAUUUUGUCCCCUUGUGUGUAUGUGAGAGCGUUGUGGAUGUCGUAGGGUUUGAUCUAAAAAAAAACGUCUAAAUUCUGUAUGUUGAUUUGAGAGCCCGGCUGUUUAUUUCAAACAUUAAGGCAUGCGGCUUUAUUUUAACCUUUACCUGAUUAAAAACUGUACACUGUCCUGUUUGCAGUUUGAGCCUAGCUGUUCAGUUUAGCACUUAAAAAGUCAAAAUAAAUCACAUGAAAUAAUACAAUUACUCAACUGACAGAAAAUGAAAAAUCUGUGUUUGCGUUUCUGGCAAAUUUAUGUGUUACAUCAACAUGUUUGAGUUUUAUUAAUCUCAUUUAUCUGUUAUCUCAAGCAAUAA